AUGGCAGCUGAUAAAGGAAAGCCAGAGAAUCUGCUAUACACCUCCAAAAGCCCAGAUGCCCUGCUCAAGCUGACUGAUUUUGGGUUUGCCAAAGAAAUCACCACAAUAAACUCUUUGGCAACACCAUGCUUUACCCCUUACUAUGUUGCUCCAGAAGUUCUUGGUCCAGAGAAAUAUGACAGAUCCUGUGACAUGUGGUCUCUGGGUGUCAUUAUGUACAUUCUGCUUUGUGGAUAUCCUCCUUUUUUCUCACAUCAGGGUCUGGCAAUAUCUCCUGGGAUGAAAAGACGUAUCUGUAAAGGACAAUAUGAGUUCCCCAAAACGGAGUGGUCCGAUGUGUCUGAGGAAGCCAAACAGUUGAUUUGCCACUUACUGAAAACUGAGCCCACCCAGAGAAUGAGCAUCACAGAGUUCAUAAACCAUCCCUGGAUUAAUCAAUCGGUAGAGGUCCCACAAACGCCUCUUCACACCAGCCGCGUGCUGCACGAGGAGCAAGAUGUCUGGGAGAAGGUAAAGGAGGAAAUGACAAAUGCCCUGCAAACAAUGAGAGUGGACUAUGAUCAAAUUAAAAUCAAAACUAUUGAAGACUCAACUAACCCUCUACUCUUGAAGAGGAGAAAGAAAACUAAAAAACUCCACACAGAGUCCUCGCUAGUGAAAUAAAGACUUUUUAACAGGUAACACAAGUACACAUACUUACAAUAAGUUGGUAGAAGAAGGUAUUGCCUUCAUUAUAUACGGUAUGCAAGCUGUGUAGCUGCUUUUAUUUAUUUCUUAUGUCUUUUUCUUUCAAAUUCAGCAUAUUAAUGUGCUUUAAGGACUUUUGAACUCCCUCUAUGCAUUAUAAAUUAUUCUGUUUCUACAUGAGGGCUUCAUAAAUCCUCUCCCUAGAGGAAACAAAAAUCUAUUGAAUGUGCUGCACGUCAUCACAGCUUUUUAUCAUUUUGAUGUACAUACUUAGUGUGACAUUUGAGAGAGCUUUGUUGGCAUCAGCUCACACGUUAUGUUAUGUAGAGUGUGUUCACAGUUUUGAAAACCUUUUGGGCAAAUGUUUCGCCUUGAGGAUGUUAUUGAGAAAAGUUUGCCAAAUCAUUCAUAUUUGCCUGUUGACUAACUGUUACCAGAAAACCCCAAUGUUUAUUUUAUAUGCUGACGUGAUGUCAGAAGUGUUUCCUCUUACCACAAAAGGAGUUUUCUUCCCACAGUGUGGAAGUGCAGCAUCUAAAACUUACCAUGUGUAGCAGUAAUCGUGUUAACUGUGCCUCUGGAACAGGUGAUAAUUGCAUUUGAUCCACAAAACUGUGCUGCCAACUGGACUCUACAUGCAUAUUUUCUCCAAAGAAGUGAUAUAAAAGUAUUGCAUGAAGUCUGUUAUGUGAAAGGCAUAGAAACAAAAGUGUAAGGCACGAGAGAGAAGAGGCGAGAAAGAUCACUAUUAUCCUUUUGUCUUGAUUAAAUCUCGCUGAUAUUCUCAGUGGUUUUGCGUGUUGUUUGAGCCUUCAGAUAUUAACCAUUAGCAUACAGUCAAAUAAAUGUGCAACCGCUAAAUUGUUUCUAACAAAUAAAAGA